AUGGCCGUCGGCAACCAGCGGAAACACCUCUUUAUCGUAAUGAGCGACAAAAAGCCUGAUUACUUUGUGCACAGCAUCAGCAUCAGACACCUCUUCCAGCCCGGUCCCUCCCGAGGGGCCAUGGAGAUUCGUAUCCUCCCCAGCCCCAUUGGACAGAUCCACAAGCCCGUCGCCACUCACGAGAGAAUCGACCUCGCCCUCGCCGACGACGGCUCUACCUUGGUAGGCGUCGGCACUUUCAAGCGCACCGUCAUGUACGAUACAAGGUCUGGUGUUACGUCAUCAGGGCCGGAGAUGCAGGGCCGCAAGACCGGCGGCACCUACGUCAUCCCACUGGGGGACAGACUAUACGCGCUCAACUGCCGUCUCACCGGAUACGACGAAGGUAACCACUUCGGCGAGGACCUCCUACCCGCCAGCGGCUCCUGGCGCAUUCUCCCAGAGCCUCCGCCCGACUUCAGGUACCUGAACGAUUUCCAGAUCAUUUGCCAGCUAACGGCCUACUUCACCACCGGCGACCAUAUCUGGGUCUCGGCGCAGGAGAGGGGCACCUACUCUUUCCACACCGGACGCCGCGUGUGGCGCAAAGAGGGUGACUGGGAGCUGCCCUUCUACCACCGCGCCCUCUUUAUCCCCGAGCUAGACAAGCUCUGCUUCGGCCUCUGCUCCAAGCGCCGCCACCUCUUGGCCGUCGACGUCCAGCAAUCCCCUCCGGUCGUCCGGUAUACUUGGGAGGACACAUUCCCCAAGUGGGUCCGUGAGAAUGGCAACGUCUGCGGCUUCAUGCCAGAAGGCAGCCUCGUCUACCUUGGGGCCGGCAAGUUCUGCAUUGCUUGGACUGUCUUGAUGGACACGGUCGACGGCCACAGGAAGACUUUCAUCCACUUGAUGGCCCUGCAAAUCAUCAAAACCUCUACGCUCACCGGCAAGAAGCAGUUGCGGAUCGUCAAGCACAAGGUUUGCUGCUACAAAAUGCCAAGCCAUGGCCUCAUGGCUCAUCUUUUUUAG